GCUUUUUGUAAAGCUGGGGUUUUUGUUUUGAGGCAGAUACUGAAGCUAUUGGACAAAAAGUGAGCUUGAACAUGGCGAUAUCUCAGGCGGAGUGGUAUGGAGUCACAUCAGCGUUUGUGGUCAUGAUAAUGACUAAUCUUGUUGGGAAUGCUUUAGUUAUUCUUACUGUUAUAAAGACCCGUUCUAUGAGAACACCGAUGAACUAUCUGCUGGUGAACCUUGCUGUUGCUGACAUGACAGUAGCUAUCUUUAUCGCACCAAGAUAUAUUUUAAGUCACGCCUACACCCACCCUGGUGGUCAGGUGGGAACGUACCUGUGUAAGUUCCUCACAGGAGAGGUCUUCACCUGGGUUGGUGCUCUGACAUCUGUGUGCACUCUCGUUGCGAUUGCAAUUGAACGGUAUUUUGCAGUGAUGAAACCGUACAGCAAUAAAGGACGAUUCACGAUGAAAAAAUUCAAAAUCACUGCUGUUUCUUGCUGGACCUUUGCCAUUCUGUGGAACGUCCCUCUCUUCGUUUUCUCGUACUUUGACGACAAAAGCAAGUUUUGCAACUUUUCCUGGCCUUUCAAUGACUUUCCAAAGUACCACAGUACCAUCAAUGCUUUCGUUUAUGGAGCGAUACCCAUCGGGACCAUGGUGUGCCUAUACUCGAGAGUAACCUACAGGCUUUGGUUCAGGCAAAACGACCACACUUCAGCAGCUACUCGACAAGGAACAAUCAAAGCACGAAAACGAGUAACCAAGAUGGUUCUGACAGUGUCAAUCAUCUUCUGUAUCACGUGGAUACCUAACAUUGUAACUUAUCCUGUCUCUGCUUACAGCAAAGAAGCACUGUACGACGCUGUACACAUCGUGUCAAUCGUUUGCGUGACCUUCAAUUCCAGUAUCAACCCUAUCGUCUACAGCCUGCAAUCCCGUCAGUUUCGCAAGAACAUAUGGAGCGUUGUAAACUGUUGCUGCAGCAAGCUAGAUGCCGAUGCAGAUACUUCCGACUACAGCAUGGGUAACAUGCAAAGUGGGAAUAGAUCUGAGGUCACAGAUACCUCCAUCUGUACUCGUAUAUGACUAGUAUAUACUACACAAGGGAUGCGGCAAGCAAGAUGGUGCUCAGGGAUUUAUGGCAAGAUAAGAGGUUAAGCAAAAUAUAACGGAUUUGAGCAAAACGAUAUUUUGCGAUAUUAACAUAUUUAAAAAAUCUAAAACUUUAUAGCUUAACUUAAAGGCGCAACAGAUAGCUUCUGUAUAUAAAACUCAGUAUUAAAGCUUAAUAAUUUCAACUUUAAUAUAGUUGAAAAACAAAUGAUAGUAAAGAUUCAAGAGAGGUUUCAAUGAA